AUAUUUUCAGUUGUUUUUUUUUUCCUGUUGCUUGAGAAAGGACAGAGGACAGGAGUAAAUCGAGAGAACUGAAAAAACAGUCACAGGUUCCGAAAAACGAAUCUGGUCAUCGCAAAGAGGAGAUUUUUGCAGUUUAUUGAAAAUCCCUCAGAACAUUUGUGUUGACUUUAAAGUUGCCAUGACGACUGAAUUACAAGAAAUUGCCAUCACUGAGGAGAAGCCUCUACUUCCGGGUCAACCUGAUCCUGUCCAGGAAGCAGCUCGAAUCCUGCUCGACCAAGGCCAGGAGCACAGCAUUGAGACCCCCCAUGGUCUGCUCCAUGUCUGUGUACAUGGCUCGGGACACACACGCCGCCCUGCCAUCCUCACCUUCCAUGAUGUGGGUCUGGAGCAUAAGAGCUGUUUCUCCACGCUGUUUAAGUUUGAGGAAAUGCAGGAGAUAGUAAAGAGCUUCACUGUCGUCCACAUCGAUGUCCCAGGGCAAGAGGAGGGGGCUGCAGCCUAUCCCCUGGGGUAUCAGUACCCCUCAGUGGAGCAGCUGGCUGAGAUGGUUCCUGCAGUUCUGCAGUACUUUAAUUUCCGCACUGUGAUUGGUGUUGGUGUCGGUGCCGGGGCCUAUGUUCUCUCCAGGUUUUCUCUCAGCAACCCGGACUCUGUGGAAGGUCUGGUACUGAUCAACAUGGAUGCCAAUGCCCGGGGCUGGAUGGACUGGGCCGCUCAAAAGCUGACCACUUUGACAUCCUCUGUCACAGAGCAGAUUCUGAGCCAUCUCUUCAGUCAGGAGGAGUUGUCAGCAAAUACAGAGCUGCUGCAAUGUCACAGACUGAGGAUUUCUAAAGCCCCCAAUCUGUACAACAUGGAGCUGUUCUGGCGGAGUUACAACAGCCGCAGAGAUCUGAAUAUGGAUCGGAGCAACACCCUGAAGUGCCCUGUAAUGCUGGUGGUGGGGGACCAGGCACCACAUGAGGAGGCAGCGGUGGAAUGUAACAGCAAGUUGGACCCAACAACAACGUCGUUCCUCAAGAUGGCAGAUGGAGGAGGACUGCCUCAGCUCACCCAGCCCAGUAAACUGACCGAGGCAUUCAAAUACUUCAUCCAGGGGAUGGGUUACAUGGCGUCGUCCUGUAUGACACGGCUCUCUCGAUCGCGCACCACCUCUCUCUCCUCCUCCUACUCCAUGGAGGGCUCGCGCUCCCGCACCCUGUCCCAGAGCUCUCAGGGGCACAGGGGCCACAGGGGCCACAGGGGGCCCCUACCGCCCAGCCCCUCACACACCAUGGAGGUGUCCUGCUGAGCGCAGGGGAGAGAG